CAUAGUUUGUGCUUUGAGUUUGAUGGGUGAUGUGGCUGAGCUGAAGACGAAGUCAAAUACGGACCGUAUCAUUAACAUUUAACAUCAAAAUCCAGAAUGCACGGAUUCAGAAAACUUUUUGCUGUUUUGUUCAUCGGAGCUUAUGCUGUUGCUUUCAACCCAUACCAAGAUGUUUCAGAAAGAUUGAAGGGUGCUCAUGAGGUAGGUCUAGGAGAUGUAGUCUUUGUGAUCAGAAGUCAGGCUCCCUCUCCUCAUGUAGAAAGGGCAAUGCGCAUUAAAGAUGAUAUAGCCCAACAGUGUAGACUACACAAUCUAGGUCAUCCAGAUGUGGUGUUAUUACAUGAAAGAUAUGGUGGGCCUCACUCCGGACACUGGACAUUAUUCCCUGCUCUUCCAAAGUUAUUCAAUGAAUUUGAAGAAAAGAAAUGGUUCUUUUUUUGUGAGGAGGAUACCAGAGUUAAUGUUCAAGGUCUGAUUGCGGUGCUAAGUAGAUUCAGCUCGGGUGAGGAAUGGUUUCUUGGUAAAAGCCUAUUUGACCAGGAGGCAACGAUAAUUCAUCAUUUUCGUUUCAACGAGAUGCUCUCAGAAUUCAUCUUUCCAGACUUUGACGCAGGUUGGAUUUUGAGCGAAUCUCUUCUGAAAAGUAUGGUGUCAAGACUGAAGGAAGAAAAUGCUAAGAUCGAUUUCAGCAUUGACGUCAAACAUGAGCUUGCUCAUUACAUCUGGAACGAAGAGAGUGGAUUGCAUAUGACAGGCCUACCUCAGCUGUGUGCAGGGAAUAUUGACCCAAGUGACCUUUCACCUUUGACCGAUGAACAGGUCAAGCAGAAGAUAGAGUCCAGCAAGGAAAACCCUUCCAAAUCAGGUUCCAUCUGUGUGACGGCAUCUCCCAAGGCGCUCCCAGAAUGUGGUCCACCAGUGCCAGGAAAGGAUAUCUUCUUUGCAGUUAAAACAUGCGAGAAAUUCCAUAAAGAAAGAGUGCCUGUAGUGCAACGGACCUGGGGGAGAUUUGCAAAGCACAUGGUUUAUUUCAGUGACAAGGCUGACUUAUCAAUACCUACUGUUGCUACUGGUGUCCCCAACACAGAAAGAGGGCACUGUGGAAAAACGUUUGCCAUAUUUGAUCAGUUUCUCAACAAUCCAGAAUAUAGAGCAUUCCCAUGGCUAGCAGUAACAGAUGAUGAUACAAUCAUUAGCGUUUCAAGAUUACACCGCCUGCUUUCCUGCUACGAUGCAACCAAACCAAUCAUGCUAGGUGAACGCUAUGGUUACGGGCAGGUCAAAGGUUAUGGAUAUGACUACAUCACUGGAGGAGGAGGGAUGAUCUUUAGCCGUCCGGCUGUAGACGACCUGAUUUCAAAUGGAUGCCGCUGCAGCAAGAAUGAAGAUCCAGACGACAUGAUCAUUGGAAUGUGUGCCAAGAGAUAUGAUAUACCUCUGGCUCAUUCUCCUUUAUUUCAUCAGGCAAGGCCAUCUGAUUAUGCCAAAGGUCUCCUUGCUCAUCAAACACCUGUAUCCUUUCACAAACAUUGGAAUGUCAACCCAGAUCAAGUUUACAGCGAUUGGUUUCUAAAAGACGAUGAAGCCAUGCAGUCUGCAUCCCACGAUGAACUUUGAUUGAGACUCUGAAUAUAGUGUAUCCUAGUAAAAAAAGUCAUAUAUAGUAUGUUCUUUCUUUCUUUGCCAAUAAUAUUUUGAUAAUGUAAAGUGCAUGUAUUUGUUUUCUAGAUUGUAUGAAACUUUGUAAUGCUCUUGAAUUAUUAUUGCAUGGGCAUUUUUAAUGGAGUGAGGGUAAGAAUGGAGAAAAGAUGAGGUUUGACAUGCUUUAAGGUUGAUUAUUUAUGUGAAAGUGACCGUUUGUGAUAUCCUUUUACAACCAUAAACUGUCAUCAUUUGUUAAAUUAGAGUAUAGUGCAGUUGCAAUGUAGUAAUUUUGCAGUAUUAAAUUAUUUUUAGUCUCUCUCCAUCCUCAAUUUUUCAUUUUAUAAAUCGUAAUUAUAUGUACUCAAAAUGCAAACAAUAGUUCUCAUCAUAAAUUUGUCUUUGUAGUUGCUUUAUUCAUAGGAACUCAACUCAGUACAUUACUUCUUGGCAGUCCAACUCAGGUUGGUCUUUUAUUAAUGGUGCUAUUAUUUCAUUGUAUUUUGGCAGGUGAGGCUUUAUAAUGUACAUGAUAUAUUUGUUUCUGUGUUUAUAUAUUGUUGAUUUAGAAUAUUCAGUUUAUGUUUUUCCUUGAAAUUUCUAUGAAAGUCUAUUUCAUUUUAUGAAUACCUAUAUUUGAUGUUAGACAGUGUUCCCAGUGUUGAAUAUCAAUGUAAAAUGUAACUCAUUUUCACAAUUUUAUGUGCAAAGAUGCAUUAAUAUAAAGGGGAAAGUAAUGUAUUAUCAAUUCGUAACUUUGAAAGAGAGGGGUUUAAAUUGACCAAAUCCAUAGUUGGAUUCAGGGUUUAUUAAGGCAAGGUAUGUCGCCAUGUGCCUGGGGAGCAUUAACACUUGUUUGACAACUUCCCUUCGUUUUGAUUGGCUGAGAACGAUAAGUCUCUGACGUUACAUGGUGUUUGGAUAGUGAUAACUGGUCAGUGUUGACAGCUUUGAUGAGAUGGUUAACUUAUAUUUGGUACAUUUAGUAUUGUGGAAUUCCGGGGUCCGCCAUUUCAUGAAAGUUGUCAGCACUUGCAAGUUUUGAUUAUCCAACAGUUACCCUAGUAACAGUCAGAUACCUGUGUUUGUCAGGCAAUUGAAAAGUAAGGAAAUGUCAGAAGCUAUUAGGUGUUGAAAUGCCUUCCUUGAGAUGCCAUAAUAAAAAAUUGUGUAAAUGAUCUAUUGAAGUUAUGGAAAUGUUGAAGCAUUUGAAAAAAUAAUAUAUUUAAAAGAAUAGAGAACUUUAGGUAAUUCAAUUUAAAGACAUUUAAAAUUUUUGCAAUGAAGUGAUCAGAUAUGGUUUCAACACUACAGUGUUCUUUCAAUCUGAACCAAAUCUAAAACGAUUCCACAUUUGCUCCUUCGACAAUUGCUCUAGGGGAUGUUUCAUUUAAGUCUGACUCAUGAAUUCCUGGUUGUGUACAGUAUUUAAUGCACCUCUACAUCGAUCAUAUCAAGCUCAAGGGAUGCGCAUUACGGUGUAAUCAUUAAUG